GCCGAGUGCAGCAGCAGCAGUCAGUCUAGUUCAGUACAUCCACUCGAUCGGGCACAGGUCGACGUGUGUUCGCGGGGAGUUCGUGUGUAAGCUCGGUGCGUUUAAGUUCGUGCGUACGGUGAUUCCUGGAUUUCGGAGUGCAGAUUUUGGGGUUUGUUGCAUUUGAGAUUUUGGUUUUAUGGCAGUUUUUUUUAUGUGGUGAUCAGUGUCCGAGUUUCGUUAACGUUGUGGACCAGAAGGCAGCUAUCCAGGUGAAUGCGAAAUCCGAACGGGUUUCCUGCUGGCGCAGAAGAAGAGGACGUUCGAGUCUACCAACGCAAGAAACGUGAAGAAAAACAAAACGAUGAAAAAGAGAUUGUAAAUAGUUUCGAGUAAAAGGAAGAGUUCAACGCGUCUGAGAAGAGAUUGCCAGUUCACGGCGACUUUAAUCCACUGGUGAACACAAAACAGUACAAAAGUAUUACGCGUAACUCGGCAGCGCAUCUACCGCGCACCACCGCUACGCUACUUUCACCCAUCUACGAACGGAGUGUUGGGAAGUGGUGUCGCGGGGUGUUCUUGGACUGCCAUGGUGCGAUCCAAUCCGUGCAACGGUGCGUGACUACGCAACCGAUUCGCGCAUAAGCCUCAACGCGCACAGUAGGUCGCAGCGAGUGCGUGAAGUUUUGAACGCCAAGAAGAUACGGACGGACGGACGGACGAUGAAGAAGUGACUACCGGUUGAGCUUCUUAGAUAGAGACGGGUUCGGCGCACCAACGUAAACGUUAAUUGUUAAUUAUUAUUUGCAAUUUGCUAUUUACUCCUAUGAUUUAUGAACUGUGCACACUGUGGUCGCGCCGUAGUCCUGUGUGAACUUUGCCGCGCAGUCGGCAGUCGUGUCAACAGUGCAUCUCGCUUGAUACCCGCAAGCAGUGAUUAUCUCCUUUACUACGAAUGAUUGCAAACUCUCUGUAGCCUCCGUCCGGCGUUCUGAGGCUGGUGAAGUGGAAUUGAAGUGAAUCGAGAAGCGAUUUCUGUUUUGCAUUACUACUAAAUGAAUGAUCACCCAAUGAUUCGAAAGUGAAUACGCGAGCGCACGGCAUGCAAAGUGUUUCGUGGUCCAGCAGCGACAGCGCCCCCAGACUUCAGCCAAGCGAGGCGGUUAAUGUCAAUUGCUGGGGUGCCCUUUUCGUCCGAGGGCUGAAUAUGUGACAGCUCCGUGGCAGCGCCCAGUUCUGAGAUCUCUACACAGCGUUGCACCGCCCAGCCUGUCGCGCGCCUUGUGGGCAUUGUUUUGCGGGAUGGGAAGCUAGAGGAAGAGUGUGUGUAUGUGUCUGUGGGGAUGUCCUAAUAAGGCGACGAAGACUUGGAACAGGUUCCGCAUUGUGUGAGCCGAGGACUCCCCCCCGGGGCAGCAGCAGUCAGUGGCACGGCGGUGUGACAGAAUGUGCUGGGCAACAUUGUGGACGAGGAUGUGAUUACAAAAGGCACGCUUAAUAAAAACUCGCAUGAUGACCAAAAAACGCAACGACGACGACGACGCAGCAACAAGUAGUGAGUGAGAAACAUAAAAGCAUUAUAAUACAGAAAAUCUAAACAACAUUAAAAAAGACGGAAAUUCGAAGCCGCCGCAGAAUCAACGGAAAACGGCGACGACAACAGCGUGUGGUGCCGAGCGGAUGAUGUUCUUAGAAUAACACUUACUCGCAACUCUUCACCAACUAUCGGCGAACACGAUCUUCUUUGUCGUUACCCGGAAUGGCUCGUAACAAUAAAAGUGCUAACAAGCUUUGAAGUGUGUGUUGAUUUUGGUCCCGUUUUGGCUGCAGUUUUGUUUGGGGAGUCUCAUAUCGGAGGCGAGCACGCUUAAUUCGCCUCAAUUGACGGUUGUUUGACAUUCGACGAUCGCCCCAAACGAUAACAGAGAGACUCCGUUGUUCAACGAUCUGCCCGAAGUGGUGUGAAGUGAGCGAUUUGCGCGAUUCAGGAAAUAAAAGAAAAACAAGUGAUUCGGGAAUUCGUGUGACAAUAGUCAGGCAGUCGACAGGCAGUCAGUGAAUGGUCCAAAUGGUCCUGUCGUGGGUUGUGGUCUAGUGCAGACGCGAAGCGGAAGCUGGUAGUGAUGGAACCGAGAGUGAUCUUUCUGAAACCGAAGAAUAGCCGAAGUGGUAGUUUAAGCGAUAAAGAACCAACCAAUUCUUCCAACCAGUUGGCAAUAGUUGCAACAGCAGCAGCAUCGAAGCCUAGAGCCAACCUUCUUGCCAACAGCAGUAGCACUAGCAACGAAAUCGACGACAUCAAAGACCCAGGAACAGUGGACCAGACCGUCACGAUUAUGGACCAGAUGAACAAUGUGGUGACAACGACGACGACAGUGACUGCCAUAGCCAGUACCGUACAUCAGUCGACCGGCGGCGUGGGAGGAGGAGGAACGUCAGCAACGGGAAUCAUCAUCAGUAGCAACAGCAUUAGUAAAGUAGUUCCACCAGCAUUCUCACGGUUGCCUCCGGAUGGGCAUGAGUUCCCGCCGAACUUCAGCGAGCCCACACCGAACGGAAUGACCGUCGUCACACAGUCGCAGACCGUGGUCGCCUCGGCGAUGGCGCUGGCCAAGGGAGAUAAACAUUCCAGCUACGACGACAUUCCGGACCUACCGAAGAGCCACCCACCGGCAGUGCCUCGCAAAGUAUACCGGCAGGAUCUGGUCCUGAAAGCCUUGGAUCAGAACCACCCGGAACAGACUACCACCUUCAAGAAACCGCCAAUCUUCCCAUCGCCCGCUCGCAGCAACUCGAUGAUCCCGACGGACACCGCCUCGACCACGCUCCCGCUCCAGAAGGAGGAAUCCCGCCGACGGUCGUUCGACAUCCACGAGAUCAACAAACCUCCGUCCAGGAUUAGUUUGGUCGGGUCCAACUGGCGCAAGGAUGAAAAGUCGGAACGCAGUGUUCGCGAUAAGAUUGCUAUGUUUUCGCAUGGGUCGGGCGGAGGUGGAGGAGGAGGAGGGAGUAGUGAUGGGGGAUCGGAAAAUCAAGGGCACCCAACGCUGCGGAAAUAUAGCAAGGAUUUCACUAAGAGUUCGGAGAACUUGUUGGGAAGCGAAAGUGGAUUCGCAAGGAAAGCUGUUGAUCCAAUUGAGGCGUACGCUACUCUGAGGAAGAAAGCCCAUAGCGUGGAGAACCUGGACGAUGUGGAUAGUGUUCAGAAUGUAGCUGAAUUCAGAACGGCGGAGAACGGCUCGUACAAAACCAAAUUUGGACUGGAGACAUCGAAACCGGUAGUAUUGGGUAAGGCAUACAGCGUAGAGAAUUUGAACCCAUCCAAUGGAAUGAUGGCUUCGAAUGGAGAUAGCAAAGUAGAUAAUGGAGGAAUGUUUGGUAAUGCCAAGAUUUUGUCAAGAACCACCAGUUUUUCUGGAUAUUCCAACGGCAAUAGCCUCGCGACGAUCAACAGCAACAACAACGUUGAGGAAAGAAGAAAGUCAUCCAUUACCAGCUUACUCGAACAACGAAAGAAAUCCAUGUCCAAGCUGCGUGGUUUAGUUAUUCCGGAGAAGGUGCCUGAAACGGAAGUGUUGCCCGACUCGAAGAUCAUCGGUCUACCCAUCAUCAAAAGUAAAGACUCAGAGAAGAUUCUCUCAUCGAACGUACUUAACAAAAUUCCAGAGAAUUCGUACAGCCGCAAAACGGCUACACUUCCAACGCCUGCCAAAUCCAACGGGAGCUCAUUCCAACCGAUGAUUGCACCGAAGCCCACCGUCACAGAGCUCGGUGGAACCUACAAAAGCAUUUUCCGUAACCUGAACGGUGCAUCUCCCAAGGCUGACCUGAAAACAGAGAUAGACGAACAAGGUUUCCGGCGACCUCUAGGACCUGUUCCUCCAGCAAAGCCUCCAAGAACGUCACUUGUGUAUCCACCGCCGAAAGGUAUGGACCAACACAGUCACACCACCGAAGAUGAAAGUGACGACAGCGAUUCGGUGAUGAGUUCUCGAAUUUCUUCGCCUCCAGUAUCGCCGGUAGCACCUUCGUCACCUGAGAAGUACGUCCUCACGCGAACACUCAGCUCUGAAACGAACACUUCGAUCACAAGCUCGAAUUCAACGCUGACAUCGAGCUCGGGAUCGCAAGCAAGCUGCAGCUCGGUCGGAAGCACACCAGCCAUCGACAUGAGUCGUCGAAUCUCCAAGUCUUCUUCAAAUGAGAUGACCAUGAACAGAAAGAAUGUUCUAGCUUCUGCCAAGUGCCGUAGCGGACGUGGAGAUUUGAAGAUCGAAGAUGCUGCCAAUGGGAAAGCAAAGCGGUACGAAGACGGUGACAGUACGGAUGGUUACGAAGAGGAACAGAGGAGAAAGUCCAAGUCGAAGCCGAGAGGAUCGAUCGGAAGUGGAAAGUCAAACGGGUUCGACGAAAAAGAACUGACUCACUACAAGGUGGUGGACACGGUAGACAGUAUUGUAGAUAAGGUAAUCAAGGUGGCUUCCUACGUUGAGGUGGUUUCGGAUGUUGAAGAAGACGCUAGCGUAGAGACGGAAGUGGUCGUUCCUAUGCAGAAACCGGUAGAGAUAAUCAAGGAAAAAAUCGGUUUUGCAACGGCGAAGAGCGCGUCGGUGGUAGACAAUGGCUCAACAAACUCCAUGACUGAUCUGGCCAAAUGGGUUCGUCAUGAAGCAGCCAAGGCGAUUGUUGCCAAGGAAGUUGAAACUCCAGCAAGGCCCGAUGUUAAGAAGUUCGCUCGAUCGUUUUCGGAGCAAAUUUCCAAAGCCGCUGAAGAAAUUCAAACUCCAACAAAACGUGAGCUGCGAUCAUCGGUCGAUACAAAGAAGCUCAAUUUGGCAGAGAUUAGAAAGUCUUUCGAGGCCAAGUCCAACAAUAGCACGGUAGUUCCAGCACCUGUUAAGACCAUGGCGAAGGAAAUCACUGCGCCGGUUACAAAAUCCACUCCAACAACCGCGGUCAAUAGCAGUCAUGACCGUUUCUCAUCCUGGGACUCGCUGGCUUCGUCAUCCUCGGGCGUUUCGUCACUGCAAACGAACAGUUUGCUGGGCAAUGCGGUAGUCAACUGUACCGGAUCGUCCCAAACGUUACAGAGCACCCCCUCGGACUACGGUAGCUUCUCGUCGCUGGGAAGCAGCCAUAGUCUGAUCACACCCCAAGAUUUGCAACUGAUCAUCGAAGAAGCAGAUCCUCCACUGGCGACGCCGGAAGCUUUCGUUAUUGUUCUCCAGCGUGAGACUCCAGAGUCAAGUAUUGGAAUUACGUUGGCCGGUGGAUCAGAUUACGAAGCAAAGGAGAUUACGAUUCACAAGAUCUUGAACAACUCCCCAGCGGAGAAAGAUGGUAGAUUGCGACGAGGAGAUCGUAUUCUCUCCAUCAACGGACUGAGCAUGCGCGGAUUGACCCAUCGGGAGUCGCUAAGUGUACUAAAGACACCUCGCCCAGAAGUGGUCAUGGUGAUAACUCGGUCCAAAUCAUUGGUCAUCGAUAACAGCACCCUUUCGAAGACCAAAAGGCCUUCACUGGGAUCGCUGAGCUCGUUGGCAGAGAAAAACGAAAUUCCCGACUACGAGCGCAAGAUCAAAAUCCAGCACAAAGCGUCGCGAUCGCUUGAUCUGGAUCUGGAUAUUGUUUCCAACGAAGCUGAAAGCGUUUUCGAUGGAACCGCUUCAGAAGACGGUUUGCUCUCAGCUGAUGAGUCAAAAUGUUCCUCGAUCACACCUGCUAGUGAUGGUAUUGCCUCCCCAGUCGAGGGAAGCCGAGUAAUAGAAAUUCUUAAGGACGGUGCCGGUCUCGGGUUCUCAAUCGAAGGUGGUUUCGAUUCGCCUACCGGAAACAAGCCGCUUAUGAUCAAGAAGAUCUUCAUGGGUGGCGCCGCGGAAAAAUCCGGCUUGCUGAAGGCCGGCGAAGAAAUUGUUGCCAUUAAUGACAUUUCAAUCGAGCGCAUGACUCGGAUACAAGUCUGGAACAUGAUGAAGAAACUACCGAAUGGUAACGUGCGGAUCAUGCUCAAGUGAUCGGAUUUCCCGUGUGCCGGAGAGUGGUUGGAUGUAUACAAAGAGAGAUCGAGACACCGAAAGAGAGCGAGCCGUACUUUUUUACACGUUACGUUUUGCUAUAAAUAUAUAUUUACUGUAGGAAAACUAUGCUAGUUCAAUAAGGCAGAAUGCAAUUCGCGCCAAGCGAUUCAAUUCAGCAGCAAUAAUAAUCAAAUUAUUAUCUCUAUUUUUCGUAUACAGCCCAAGCUUUUUAAAAAAACCCUUAGGAGUAAGAAAAUUGUUGAUUGUAUAUUUUAUAUAUUUGCCCCUUUUGGAACGUUGUAUACAAAAAAGUAAUUUAUAAACUUUUUGGAAUGCGCCCGAAUCCAACUGAAACAAUUUGGACCGAGAACGCAAAUCAAAAAUUAAUUUAGACUGAUCUGUGUAUAGAAAAUGGAGCAAAAAACUGGGUAACGUAUCUGUGAAAAAAACUAAAUUCAAAUCAAAUCGAAACAAACGAUCGCGAUUGUUCUAGUUUAAGCUAUUUUGAGCAAACGUGUGGAACGCAUUUCCACGGAAUCGUACUAACACUAGCAAUAGAACUAUCGCCCAGCAGUUCAAGGCAAUUAACAAGCGAUGAGCCCGGCCACUUGGCCACAAACACACAUAGGAUACAAUUCGAUGCAAUUUUUUCAAACAAGAAACUUCUUGCCCGCCCUAUCCCCUUUGGCCACACCUGCGCUGGUACAAGGGCACUAAUGAUACAUACUACGGACUAAUCGUAACAAUUAUUUUAAUCGGGCUCUAGAGUAUUGUUUUUAUCGAUAGCGUGUAUUUGCUGAAAGCCGAAAUUAAUCACGCUGCCCCGCUUGUUUCUAAUCCCCCUUAUUUAAUUUUUCGUUUUGAUUUUUGCAUUUUAUUUUUAUUCGUGUAGAUAUUUAUCAAUGAUCAAUAGAGGAAACCCCGUUUAAAUAAAAUUUAUGAUGGAAAAAACUUUUUCAAAAAAUA